GCGUACGACCGAUCGUGUCGCAUCGUCCGCGUUCGCAUCGCGUUUUUCCCUCGUAUGAAUCCGGACGACGACGACACCGGGUCAUCGACAUAGGCGCGACUAGGGUUUUAUUUUUUCGUCAGUAUCGCUUUGGUAAACGGUUUUUAAUCAGACAAUUUCUACUUGCGUACUUGUUACGCGGACAAUAGAUAAAUAUUUGGUGGAGCUGAGCUACCCCCUUCCCCUCUAAAACCUUCCUUAGUGUUCCUAUGGGUCAGGACGCGACGGAUCCGCGUCCAAAACCUACUCGUUCUGCGUCGCGAUUGUCAUCCAUUAUGUUUCAACGUCACGUUUACGGACGCGGUGCGAUCGACCCCGGGCAUACCGAAACAUGACCAUCCGUCGCGCGCAAUCGCGUGGGUUUUUCGAGUCGAAUUUUAUCGAACCCGUCCACACACGACGGCGUACCGUGUAUGCAAAUUCGAUGCGUUUGUGUUGUUCACUGAGAGGCGAGAAAAUUAAACGAGUCGUAUGAAAUCGAAAUGAAACGUUUCCGCAAGCGAUUCACGUGCUCGAGCAUUCCCAUGGUCAUGAACGUCCAUGGCCAUGGUAUGACGUGGAAGCGCGCAGCAAACGGUAACGUCUUCGACACUUGCUCGUAGAAUCGUCACGCAGUAGUUAUGGGUCACGAAAAUCUUGUCUGACACCUUGGAUGAUUACGUACCCGACGGAGGAGCAAUGUGCAGACGUCACGGAGUAGAAUAUCGUGAAGGACUGAAAAACCUCAAAUUGUGGGCUACUCAAAUGUAUGAUGCAUCAUCCAAGUUUCCGACAGGCAUUUUAGCUGGGAGAUCAUUUGACUUUGGAAACUUUGAUGAAUGUUUAAAAACUUCUACAACUGGAUUGGAAUUCUAUCCACAAUAUUGUAUAAUUAACAUUCGUUUUUCGCCUACAGAGAAGUUGUAUCCUCACCAUUACAAUAAUACACCUUCUAAAUUAAAUCCAUUAGACUCUGUAUGGAAAGCAACAAAGUAUGAUUCAAGUCCGAUAAAAAUUGAAUGCAACGAAAUCAACACAGCACUUUGUAUACCUUCUACGUGUACUUAUUCAGACAUUCAAACAUCAUUAUCACCAAAAAUAAUUACUGCGUUUCAAAAAUAUCAUAUUAUAGCCAAUGUCACUGUGGAAUCAGUUUUUUGUACCACACAGCAAGAACUCCAACCGCCAAAAUUGUUGGGAUAUCGAAUAUUUUGGGGUGUCUUAUUGCUUGUUUUAUUGAUGACGGUUAUUGGAUCAUUAUGUGACAUAUAUAAGAAAGAGGAAAAUCAAUCACAUUGUAAAUCAUUUUUUAUGACAUUCUCAUUUCCAGCCAAUAUCAGACGUUUGUUUUUGGCAAGCAAUAAAACUGAUAAUCUGUCUUGUAUUGAUAUUUUAAAAACUCAUGGUUGCGUUCUUGUUAUUAUUGGACAAAGAAUGCUGUACACCACUAGCCAACCACUACAAAAUCCUUCAAAAUUCGAAGAAGUGGUUUUACAUUUGUUAUAUGCUAUGAUUCGCAAUGGAUCGUUGGUAGUUGAUUUUUUUUUUGUUAUAAGUGGUUUCCUGACAUUUCAUUUUCUUUACGAUGAAUUGGUUAACACAAAAAGAAUUAAUGUACCAUUGCUUUUGCUAUGGAGAUGGUUAAGAUUAAUGCCUGUAUAUGGUUUGAUGAUAGCGUUUCAUACGUUUGUGUUAUUGCACUUAGCAGAUGGUCCACUAUGGAAGAAAAUAGCCAUUCAAGAAUCAGAUUAUUGUCAAAGAAAUUGGUGGAGCAAUUUUUUGUUCAUAAAUAACUACGUUAACGCCGACCAUCCAUGUAUUAUCCAGUCGUGGUAUUUAGCGUGCGACAUGCAAUUCUUCGUCGCAGGAAUCGUACUUGUUUAUUUUGUGUGGAAGUACCAAAGGUACGGAGUAUACUUGAUGUGGGCUACGAUAUUUGUAUCAUUGUUGAUUCCGGCUGGCAUUGUGUAUACUCAUCAGUUUUAUCCCAUGCUUAUAAAUUCUAUAUCGAUAUUCAACUAUCUGCCAGAACAAAAGAGCUACACUAUGCUGUAUAUACCUAGUCAUACAAGAUCGACGCCAUAUUUUGUGGGCAUAUUUGCAGCGUAUGUGUACCGAUACUUGAAGCUCGACAAACCAAAGUUUCGAUUCCCAUACUCCAAGACUUUACUAACGAUACUUAUCGCUGUUUAUCCGCUAUUUCUCAUGACCAUUCAGGUGUUUUACGUUCGAGAAUACAAUUUAUGGUUAAGCGUAAUUUACAUGUUCAUGUACCGAAUAACGUUUGCCAUCAUCGUUUCCAUAUUCAUAAUAAUAUGCGCCAUAAAUGGACUUUUCAAAGGUUUAUGGCUACGAGUUUUUAUGCCGUUAAGUAAAUUAACGUAUGGAGCAUACUUAGGAGGGCUAUCGAUGCAAUUAUUACAAGUAUCAUCGAUGCGUUCACCAACAUAUUUCAACGAUAGCCUUUUACUUUGGUUAGCGAUUGGAGAUACCGUGUUCGGCUUUAUACUUGCAUUUUUGUUAUACACAUUGAUCGAAUCACCAUUUGACAUAUUAUUAAAAAAAAUUGUCAUCGCCAUUAACUCAAGUAUAAAUUUAAACCACAAAAAGACAACAGGUUCUGUAGUUCCUGGAAAAAUAGCUCUUAGAACAUUACGCUCAAAAUAAUAUUAGUUUAUAAAAUGAUACGUCUAUAAUAGCAAUUGUACCACUAAAAGUAUUCAUUACUUAAAUUAUCAUUCGUUUUUUUUAGUAAUUUAGCACACAGCAAUCGGUUUAUUAUAUUUUAUAUUCAGAUAGA